CUCAACCGGGUUGUUAUUCAGCGCGUCACUCCAAAUGGCUGUGGGCGCCAGAGCGAGAGAGAGCAAGCAGUUUGUGUGUCAUCAGAAAGAGAGCCAGAGGGCAGUUCUGCCGUAAUUUCAUCAUAGCCGAAAUAUCUUCCCCUCUUGCGUGCACUUUUCCUCGCCAGUUGGCAAGUGGAAAGCCAGUCAUGUUGAUCUUCUUGGCGUCCCAAUGGUGAUAUCCCACUCUCGAGCCAUGGACAGGAUGGAAGUGAGCGAGACGCACGCCAGAGUCAUCAUUCACAUCGACAUCGACUGCUUCUACGCCCAGGUGGAGGAGCUGCGGGAUCCGGAGCUGCGUGGGAAGCCUCUUGGCAUCCAGCAGAAGAACUUAGUGGUGACGUGCAAUUACCCGGCCCGCGAGCGCGGCGUGGACAAGCUGAUGCCCAUGCAGGAAGCGCUGCGACGCUGUCCUGAGCUGGUGUUGGUGCGCGGCGAGGAUCUCACGCCGUACAGACAGAUGAGCGCCCGCAUCUUUGAAGUGCUGCAGAAGUUCACGCCCUGCGUGGAGAAAUUGGGCAUGGACGAGAACUGGAUGGACGUGACACGCCAGGUGGAGUACCGCCUCGGCACCCUGACCAUGACAGACGACCCGGAGGUGGUGGGCUGUGUGUGCCCCGAGGGCGAGUCGCUCUCGUGUGCCUGUGGCUGUGAUAGACGCCUGGCGGCGGGCAGUGCGCUAGCGCGCGAGAUCCGCGACGCGCUGCACUCGGAGUUGGGCAUCACCAGCUGCGCCGGGGUGGCGCACAACAAACUCCUGGCCAAGUUGGUGGGCAGUGUGAACAAGCCCAACAACCAGACAGUAUUGGUGCCUCACUGCGCCGCCACGUUCCUCGCGGAUCUCGAGAAGGUGCGCCGCGUGACUGGCGUAGGUCAGAAGACAGAAGCCCUACUGGCUGACAUUGGCAUCCGGACGGUCAGGGAGCUGCAAGACGUGGAUCUGGAGCGGUUGCAGCGAAAGUUUGGCCACGAGACGGCGACAAAGCUGAAAGAUUUGAGUCUCGGGCGGGACAACAUGCCCGUGAGACCGUCCGGGCGGCCCAAGACCAUUGGCUUGGAGGACUCCUGCCGCACGAUUUCGGUGAAGCAGGACGUCGAGGAGAAGUUCAAUGUGUUGCUGGUGCGACUAGUGAAUCAGGUGGUUGACGACGGACGGAUUCCCAUUGCGAUCAAGAUGACACUGAGAAAGUUCGAUCCAACCAAGAAGACUAGCCACCGCGAGACGAAGCAGGCCAACAUUUUGCCGUCGCUCUUCAGAUUGCGCCCGGAAGGGAAGGUGAAUCUCGUGCAGGGUGGACACGAGAAGCUCCUUAAGAUCGUCAUGCGCCUGUUCGAGCGCAUCAUUGACCUCAAGCAGCCUUUCAACAUCACCCUUCUGGGGCUGGCCUUCUCCAAGUUCCAAGAGCGCAAGUUCGGCUCCUGCUCCAUUGCCAACUUCCUCAUCAAGAAGUCCGACCUCGAGGUGCAGUCCAUCACGAGUCUGACCAGCGACGGACUCACCAUUCCGGCGGCGCCAAGUCGCGAAACAUUCCGACGCUACGUCAACGCAUCGCCCGUGGCGAUGGAGAAUGACACAUUCUCAGACGCCUCCGUGGCGUCGGAUGUGUCAUCGGAGCCCGAGCUGGAGCCCUCGCCCAAGAAGACGCGCAUCGGGCUGUUGAUACCCAAGAGGCCCUGCCACCCGCGCCACGAGUCCAUGGACACGUCCUCGCCCAGCAAGCUGAGAGUGGCCGACCUGAGGCUGAACUCCCUCGACUCACCGCCGGCCAGCUCACUCGCGGACGCUCCGCCGGCCAGCCAGAGCGCCGAGUCGCUGCCCAACUGCGUGGAUCCACAGGUCUUCAAAGCACUGCCGCCAGACGUUCAGGGUGAACUGAUAGCGACAUGGACGAAUCCUGCCCACGCUCCAGCCACGUCCUCCUCCACCAAGAGCACCUGCACCACCGGAAACACCCUCCACAGAUACUUCAUCACCAACAAAUAGAGUCUCGCACAGCUGGAGCUGAGCCUACGCACUCUCCUUGGGCAGACUGAUGGCCCAGCCGAGGACGCGCCGGUCGAAGCCACAGGAGUAGAGAUUGCAGCUCGUAUUUGGUUCCUCAGGCGCCCAG